GUUAAAAUGGGUGAAAUAGCGCACGUAUUUCGAUUUUGUAGUUGUGUGCAUCCAAUCGGUGUUCGUCAGGGUUAUUCCGAUGGAACCAAACGCACCUACCAUGAAGGCCUGUCUUCCGUGAAGUCGGAGUGAGUGGUGCGAUGGUCGUCGUCACAGGCGAUGCCGGCGGAGCGGCUGUCUGUUCCGUCGAGCCGACGAAUCGGGAGGCGAACGUGAACGGCGACAAGGAGAUCCGCGUGCUCCACCGCAGUGCGCAUUUCCUCGUGGUCGACAAACCUGCCGACCUGGUGAUCAACACGCAGAAGACGCACGAGCAUCCAGUGACCGUCGAGACCCUGCUACGCCGACAGUGCCCGGAGCUCGUCGACCCCGCCGUCGAGCACGGCUUUCGGUUCUGCCACCGGCUCGACUUCGCCACCAGCGGGGUGCUCUGCCUGGCGCUGACACGCGCCGCGGCGCGUGCUGCACAGGCAGCAUUUGGACCUCCAUUGCGGACAGCGCGCAAGUGCUACGCAGCCUUGCUGGAAGGACAUGUGGCAGUGCCUGCAGGCUGGUGUGGCAUCGAGAUUGACCUGGCUGUUGGCGACGACAGGAGAGAAGGCCACCAGCACAAGAUGUGCACAGCCAACGUUGAGUACUGCGUAAACGCCAGAGAUGCCCUGACUCGGCUGCUCGUGUUGGGCUGGGGGCUGUUCCAUGGUCGGGCAGCCACACAGGUGGUGCUGAAGCCAGUGACUGGUCGGCGACAUCAGUUACGAUUGCACUGUGCCGCAUUGGGCCACCCUGUGGUGGGCGACACCACCUACGGUGAUGCAAGGGCUGCCGAGCACAGCCGCAUGUACCUGCAUGCGUGGCGGCUCCAGCUGCCCACUCAGUUGGCUGUGAUUGAUGUCAGCACCAGCAGCGAGCACCCAUUUUGCCAACACCGGGCGUGGCAGGAUUUGCCGUCUCGAGAUGGUGACCUCGGUGGCAGUGGCUUCAACAGGACGGUCACCAUCAACGAUGCUUUUGAUCAACUCGAGCGCUCAGCGCUGUUUUUUGCUUGGAAGACGCAAUCGCCAUGGUGUUGUAUCAACGAGACCUGCCAGCCUGAACUCUCAUCCAAAGAAGCGAAUAGUUGAUUGAUAAAGCAGCAAAAUGAAAAAACUGACGUCGUCUGGAAGUAGCCAAAACUUAAUGUUUUCGAUCUGUUGGUGUGUCAUUUUGUAUAACAGUGCCCAUGCUUCGGCACCAAAUCAACGGACCAAGCCAGAUGUUGCGUCUGCUUUCAUCGUCAUUUUAAAUUGAACAGUUUUUCAGUGAUUAAGCUGGUCAUGUGGAAUGUAACGAUGGUCGUUUUCUUAAUUGAAAGUUUUUCCAACCCAGCACCACAGAGGCGGAAUGGGGUGAAAAUGGCGCUGAGCAAAACACUGUCACACUCAUUAGAAUGCUGCUGCAAUAAAAUUGAUGGUGCUUGUUGCAGUGGUGUCGCUAGGGUCAGCGAAACCUGGGCCGAUGGCCCGCCGCAACACCCCCCCCUUCGCCUUCUCGUUUCAAGCAACGAAGCACAAUUUUAUCCUCAUGGCUUGCUUCAGCAUGGAGUUUAUACUGCAGGUAAUGAGUAAUUAUUUUUAUGUCCUUUUGAAAUCUCCAAAGUACUGAGUGCACCAUACAACUCCCAAUUCAGCAUCACAUCACAAGUGCAUAUUUACGUGUUUAUUUUGUAUUACUGGCAGAAAAACAGGAGCGCAAUUUUUCGUAUUUCAAAAAAGAACACUUCUGAAAAAAUAAACUGGGCAAUAGUUUUCCUUAGCUGAAUGUCCAGAUUAACAAUGUAAAAAUAGACAGGUAUAUAAAUACACGAAAUGCAAACUUUGGGCAUGUAAAAAGACCUGUUGCGAUUUGUGCACCCCCCCCCCCCUUUCACUGCGCAGCUGUACCGUCAGCUGUACUGAGACGAUCCGCCACCCCAGACCUUCCUUCGCCUCCUAUUGACCCU